AUGGCCGUGAGCCUUUUGCGGGACUGGUGCCGGGGGCUGGAUGUGGACAUGCACCGGGCCCUGCUGGUCACCGGCAUCCCGGAGGGCCUAGAGCGGGCGGCCAUCGAAGCCGUCUUGCAGCCGGCCUUCCUGCCCCUGGGCGCGUUCAGGCUGUGGAACGCCAGGGCCGCGAGGGACCACAAGGCCGAGGCCGCCCUGGUGGAGUUGGUGCAGGACAUAAAUCACGCGUCCGUCCCCAGGGAGAUGCCGGGCAAGGACGGGGUCCGGAGGGUUGUGUGUCGGGACCCGGCGGAGGACCCAGGAGUCCUGAGGCAGAUGAGACGCCUGGUGCUGGAUGAGAGGCCCUGGCAGGCCGCAGGGCCCGGGGCCGCCGGGGACACGCUCCUCUCUCGGGCCUGGGAGCCCCGGGCCCAGGGCUCAGAGCCGGCCGCCAGGAGGGCUGGCCCACCUCCCAGGCGGGGCCGCCGGGCUCGCAGAAACAGAGCCAGAGGCAACAGGUGGGCCCCGAAGGGCCAGAAGACCGAGCGAGGGGGGCGGCCGCCCACGUGGGCCCGGCGGGAGUCGGGCGCCUCUUCCGAGGGCAGCCUGGGCAUCGCGCUCGAGGAGCUGGACCCGGACGACCUGAGCGCCGACGAGGCGCAGAGCGCGCUGUCCUCCAGGCUGCACCAGGCCGCCCAGGAGCCCAGCAAGAAGGAGUGGGCCCUGCGGAGCGGCGCGGACGCAGGCCAGGGGCCCCGCGAGUUCUUGGCCCUGGUGACGGUGACGGACAGAGCCAAGCGGGAGCCGGCGGAGAAAGAGGCGCCGGGGCCCGCGGCCGUCAGCCUCGACGGCGGCGGCGGCGAAAGGCGGAGCCGCCGCGUCCCCGACUUAGUGGCCCUGCUUGCUGUGCGAGACGCGGCCGACGAGGAGCCGGCCCACGGCGACGCUCCCGAAAGCGAGUCGCAGCCGAACGGGGAGCCGGCAGACGAGGCGCUGGACAACCCCGAGUUUGUGGCCAUUGUGGCCUCUACGGACCCGUCGGGCCCCUCGGCCCGCGAGGAGCUGCCGAAGAUCGCUUGGGUGAUCGAGUCCCCGGGCUGGAGCGCCAGGAGAGACGGCACGGAUGCCCUCCGCGAGGUCCUGGACACGGGGGGAGCCCGCGUGAAGGUGGAGGAGGCGGGCCGCCAGCUGGACGCCCCGGUGCUGCGGAAGGCCACGGACGGCGGGAGCCUGCGGGAGUGCCUCUGCGCCCUGGCCGCGCCCGAACCCCCGGCCCCCGGCAAGAGGGCGCGGCGUGGCCCCCCUGGCGGCUGGGGCGACGGCGAGGGGGGCCUCCUGGAGCUCGUGGCGCUGCUGGCCGCGCGGGACACGGCGGCGGGGGUGACGCCGGAGGCCGGGGAGCGCGCCCGGGAAGGCGGGAGGCGCGGGCGCGCCAGAGGCCAGCUGGGCGAGGUGCUGGCGCUGCUGGCUGCCCGGGAGGGCGCGGCGGCGGCCAGGAGCCCGGAGGCGGCGGCGGCGGAGGCGGCGGCGAGCGAGGAGUCGCAGCCCGAGCCCCGGGCGUCCGGGAAGGCGCGGGCCAAGCGGGCCCGCACGGCCUCCGGGGCCCUGGGCGAGGCGGGCGAGGCGGGCGCGGCCCCCGCCCCGUCGGGCUCCCGCAGACGCCGAGGCGGAGGCGGAGGCGGAGGCCGCGGCGGGCGGGCGGUCACUCCCGAGACGCGGGCCGAGGUCCGGGCCGCGGCGCACGGGAGAAAGAAGGGGCGCGCGGGCGCGGGGGUCCACGCCCAGGCCGGCGAGGCCAGGGCUCCGCGGUCCCCCGGCUCCGAGUCGGCCAGCGGGAGGAAGGCUCGUCGCGGCGGGAGGCAGUCGCCCAAGUGCCGCUAG